UGUUGUCUUUCUGCUUCUAUUUGUUUAUUUCUUUUCACUGCGCAUCCAUCUUCUCUGGACUAUGAGCGGUAUGGGCGAAGACCGUUGGCGCGGAGGUCGCCAGUAUGACCAAAAUCGCCACCAUGGACAACAGAAACACUCGCUGAAUCGCACAAUGAGCGCGCACAGCAACGCUCGCGGUGGACAGGGCUACAACAAUGCUAGCAAUAACUGGGGCGACUCGCGCGACCUCUCCGCAGGACCGUCCCCCGAUCAACACGUGCCCGUCAGCGGUUUCAACGCCGCAGAGUCGAAGACAGCUCUCAAGAAAAAUCCAGGAGGACCGAGACCUUUCUUCUACAAGCUUGGUAAAGACGCAGGAAACCGCCCCAGUGGACCUUGGGGCUCAAAACCCAACACGAUGGCCAACGGCAAGGACUUCUUCCUCGAACUCCGCAAACAAAUCACCACCCUACAGCAGGGCGGCAACGCCGCUGGCGGGUGAGGUCGCAUAGCUGUUGCGGGGGAUAGAGUGAACGAGACUGCUGCAGAGGGCGAGAUUCGACUGACGCCUCGACAUCACUCUGAAGUGGCGUUUCACGUGUGAUGUGGUGGCGGGAGCGAAGGGUCUCCUCCGAUCGCUGGACGACUGGAUGACACGACUAGGCUUUGGAUUUACGUCGACUGGAUAGGGUACACGUACACGUACACAGUUCAGUGCAGACAGCUUAUCGAGAUAAGACAGAGGAGAAUUGAUAGGUGCGGCACAGCACAGCGUUUAAGGGAAGAUGGCGUUCUGUCGUUGUAUUGUACUGCUUUCUGCGUGGUUUGGGCCUGUACCUACAUAUGAUCAAGAAAAUCAC